ACAUCCGGGGUCACGCGGCGCGCCUGCGAAUUGCAGCUGCGGCUGUUGGGAUGGCGGCAGCGGGCGGUGAGGAGCCGGACUCGGAUGAUGGUAGCGAGGAGCUGGUGCUCACCCCUCUACAGCUCAUCCGAAGCCUGGAGCAGGCCUGGCUGAACGAGAAAUUUGCCCCCGAGCUGCUGGAGAGCAAGCCUGAGAUCAUUGAGUGCGUGGUGGAGCAGCUGGACCACAUGGAGGCAAACCUAAAACGAGCAAAGAAGGGAGACUUGAAGGUCAGCAUCCAUCGCAUGGAGAUUGAAAGGAUCCGUUAUGUGCUCAGUAGUUACUUGAGAUGUAGACUUGUGAAGAUAGAGAAGUUUUUCCCACAUGUGCUGGAGAAGGAGAAAUCUCGAGCCAAAGGAGAGCCUUCCAUUCUAUCACCAGAGGAGUUUGCCUUUGCUAAGGAGUACAUGGCAAACACUGAGACUUAUCUGAAAAAUGUAGCCCUAAAGCACAUGCCACCCAACCUGCAGAAAGUAGCCCUCCUAAAAUCGGUCCCGAAACCCAACCUGGACUCUUUCGUGUUCUUGAGAGUGCUGAAGAGGCAGGAGAACAUCCUGGUUGAGCCAGAGACUGAUGAGCAGAGAGAGUACACCAUCGACCUGGAGGAGGGCUCACAGCACCUGAUCCGCUACAAGACCAUUGCCCCUCUGGUGGCCUCAGGAGCAGUGCAGCUCAUCUGAGCGAGUG